CGUGGGUAUAAGUGAGAAAAAUCCUACUAAUUAUUAGGUACAAUUGAGAAUUGGUAAAUUUAUUGGAUACAGCUGAGAAUUUUUAAAAAUACGUGGAUAUAAGUGAGAAAAACCCAAAAAUAAAACACAAGUGAACAGGAUAAGUACCCUUUUAGUUGUACAUGACACAUGACACAUACGUGGAUAUAAAUGAGAAAAACCCAAAAAUAAAACACAAGGGUUUAGCAGUAGUUGCACCUUGGACUUGGAAAACAAGGGUUUAAGACUGCGAUCGAUAUUAACCCGGUGUUGUUGAAUCGGAAAACCAUGAAGCUGCUACAAUCAAUCACUGGCCAUGGAAGAAAUAUUCUUCGGUUAUCAAGGCGUUGUCAUUCAGCAGCUCAAUCUGAGGACUAUAUGAAGAGAAAUUACGCUAACAAUGUCUCCGAGUAUAACAGUGUUCUGGACUCUCUCAAUGCUCGACGCAGGCCUUAUUUAUUGAGAGAUGUUUAUGACGAUAUGAUGCUUGAUGGGAUUCAACCUACUAGAGAUAUUUUUUAUUCUCUUAUAUCUGGAACCAUGAAAGGUGCUCGUUUGCAAGAUUCUUUCUUCUUUAGAGAUGAAAUGAAAUCCAAGGGUUUAUUUCCUGAUGUGACUAUCUACAAUUUAUUGAUUGCUGUGUGUGCAAAAUGCAAAAUCUCUGAACUUGCUAUUCAAAUUUUGGAGGAAAUGAAGAAAAAUGAAGUGAAACCAACUGGUCAAACGUACAUCUGUCUACUAAACGCAUGUGCCGCCACAGGCAGACUUGAUCAAGUGUAUGCUAUUGUUCGUGAUAUGACUGCAGCUGGUCUUGGCUUGAACAAGUUCUGUUAUGCUGGUCUUAUUGCUGCGCAUACGAACAAGAAACCUGUAGCUGAGGAUACAGCCGCAAGAGUUAUUGAGCUGGUUGAGCAGUCCAAAGGAUGGGCCUCAGCAUCAGAUCGGGGUGGUACAUCUGAAAAUGCUAUGCUGGGUGUUUUGCAAGAAGAGUUGUUCAACACCCCCACUGCAGAAUAUCUCCAUUGGCGUGGAUUCAUAGAUAGGAGGUUAACGGUUUAUCAUGCAGCAUUUCAUGCUCUUGCAGAUCUUCGUGAUGUAAAGGCAGUGGAAUCUCUAUUGAAGAUGCUCGAGCAAGAUAACAGUCAGCCCGAUACAUUUAUAAUUAUGGAGGUUAUAAGGUGCUACAUGCGUUCAGGUGAUUUUGAUAGUGGGCUUAAAAAAUUUGAGGAUUUCGUGAAUUCUGGGAGGGCACCAUAUGCUGAAUUGUAUGUGACUCUUAUAGAGGGAGCCAUGUUGGGUCAUACUCCCAAGGGCAUGCAAAUUGCUCAGGAUGCCCUGGUAAGUAUGACCUCUAAAAACAUUUUUUUGAGCCCAAAAAUGGGAAGUGAUCUCCUCUUCAUUGCAGCUGGUGAAAAGACUGGCGGAUAUACCACUGCGAACUAUCUGUGGGAUCUGAUGCAAGCUCGGAAUAUUAUUCCUACUCGGCCAGCUGUGGAAGCUUAUUAUGCUGGUUUGAAAGAACGUGAGAUACCUUCAGAUGAUCCGCGCCUGCUUAAAGUCACUGAGGUAAUGAGAAAAUUUCAACCAAGAUUCAACCGGCGGCCUUAGAGACUGCAAUAGUAGAUUCAUCUUUCAGGCAAUCACACUGUUGCUCUUGGAGUGGAGGAGGUUUACUCUUUAGCUAUAGGUGUUGGUCUUUACUCUAGCUAUAAUUGCUUUCCAAUAAAUUCGAUUGUUGUUUCUUAUCGAAUUUUGUAAGUUCGGGAUAAAGUUUUUGGUGGCGAUGCCUUCUCUUACUUUGUCGAGCUUGCAGCAGUGCGUGAAAUUUGUUCAGCUGAGAGCUAGCUACUCCCACCGUAUUUUAAACUUUGCAGCAUUUCUAUUUUGGGUAGCGUUCUUAUCACUUUUUAAAUUUACUUUCACAUCAAUUUUGUGAUCCUUAUCAUUUUCUUGUUACUUGUGCGUCUAACGGUGUACUAAGCCAGUAACUAUCUCUAUGUAAUUUAUAACAAGUUUUGAAUUUUAGUGAAUGUAGCUUUGCUUUAGUUAUUCACAUUGUGA